GGACUGAAAGCUGCCAGUUGGGGACUUCUCGUGAUCAGGGCGCUGCUGGGUUUUAGAGGCGGUGAUGGGGCUUGCGCUGGCUUGUCUUCCCACCCAAGUGAAGAGUUGCUGAUGUUCACUGGUUAUGCUUAGACAAUGUGCAGUUUGCUUUAAUUUAAAAUUUUGGGGGGGAUAGGGGUAUAGGCUUGUGAAGGGCAUUCCGGAUCCGGUGGAACUCCUCUUUGUCCUUGGUAGGAGAGACACCCCAAGUCUGUCCUCGAUGCCGUCAGCCUUGGCCAUCUUCACUUGCCGCCCGAACUCACACCCAUUUCAGGAGCGUCAUGUCUACCUGGACGAACCUAUUAAAAUCGGCCGCUCGGUGGCCCGCUGUCGACCAGCGCAGAAUAAUGCUACCUUUGAUUGCAAAGUGCUGUCAAGGAACCAUGCUCUCGUCUGGUUUGAUCACAAGACGGGCAAGUUUUAUCUCCAAGACACUAAAAGUAGUAAUGGUACCUUUAUAAAUAGCCAGAGAUUGAGUCGAGGCUCUGAAGAAAGUCCACCAUGUGAAAUUCUUUCCGGUGACAUUAUCCAGUUUGGGGUAGAUGUGACGGAGAACACACGGAAAGGUACGGUUACCCAUGGGUGCAUUGUUUCCACAAUAAAACUUUUUCUACCAGAUGGUAUGGAAGCCCGGCUCCGCUCAGAUGUCAUCCAUGCUCCAUUACCAAGUCCUGUUGACAAAGUUGCUGCUAACACUCCAAGUAUGUACUCUCAGGAACUAUUCCAGCUCUCUCAGUAUCUUCAGGAGGCCUUACAUCGGGAACAGAUGUUGGAACAGAAGUUAGCCACGCUUCAGCGGCUGCUAGCCAUCACCCAAGAGGCUUCAGAUACCAGUUGGCAGGCUUUAAUAGAUGAAGAUAGACUCUUAUCACGGUUAGAAGUUAUGGGAAACCAAUUACAGGCAUGCUCCAAAAAUCAAACAGAAGAUAGUUUACGGAAGGAACUUAUAGCAUUACAGGAGGAUAAACACAACUAUGAGACGACAGCCAAAGAGUCCCUGAGGCGGGUUCUUCAGGAGAAAAUUGAUGUGGUUAGAAAACUUUCAGAAGUCGAGCGAAGUCUGAGUAAUACUGAAGAUGAAUGUACCCACCUGAAAGAAAUGAAUGAACGGACUCAGGAAGAAUUAAGAGAAUUAGCCAAUAAAUAUAAUGGAGCAGUUAAUGAGAUUAAAGAUUUAUCUGAUAAAUUAAAGGUAGCAGAGGGAAAACAAGAGGAAAUCCAACAGAAGGGACAAGCUGAGAAAAAAGAAUUACAACAUAAAAUAGACGAAAUGGAAGAAAAAGAACAGGAGCUCCAAGCAAAAAUAGAAGCUUUGCAAGCCGAUAAUGACUUCACCAAUGAAAGGCUAACAGCUUUACAAGUACGGUUAGAACAUCUUCAAGAGAAAACUCUUAAAGAAUGCAGCAGCUUAGGGAUACAAGUUGAUGACUUCUUACCUAAAAUAAAUGGGAGCACAGAAAAAGAGCACUUGCUUUCAAAGAGUGGCGGGGACUGCACUUUUAUUCAUCAAUUCAUAGAAUGCCAGAAGAAGCUGAUCGUCGAGGGGCAUCUAACCAAAGUGGUAGAAGAAACAAAGCUUUCAAAAGAAAACCAGGCAAGAGCAAAGGAAUCUGAUUUAUCAGAUACUCUGAGUCCAAGCAAGGAGAAAAGUAGUGACGACACUACAGACGCCCAAAUGGAUGAGCAGGACCUGAAUGAACCCCUUGCUAAAGUGUCCCUAUUAAAAGAUGACUUGCAGGGUACACAGUCAGAAAUUGAGGCAAAACAAGAAAUUCAGCAUCUUCGCAAGGAAUUGAUCGAAGCCCAGGAACUAGCUAGAGCAAGUAAACAAAAAUGCUUUGAACUUCAAGCUCUUUUGGAAGAAGAAAGAAAAGCAUAUCGAAAUCAAGUCGAGGAAUCCAGUAAACAAAUACAGGUUCUUCAAGCCCAGCUGCAGAGGUUACACAUCAAUAUUGAGAAUCUCCGGGAGGAGAAGGACAGUGAAAUCACAAGCACUCGAGAUCAACUGCUUAGUGCCCGAGAUGAAAUUUUACUCCUUCAGCAAGCAGCAAAAAAGGCUGCCUCUGAGCGGGACACUGACAUUGCUUCUUUACAAGAAGAGCUUAAGAAAGUGCGAGCUGAGCUUGAGCGGUGGCGGAAAGCAGCCUCUGAAUAUGAGAAGGAAAUCAUGAGUUUGCAAAACAGUUUUCAGCUUCGAUGUCAACAGUGUGAGGACCAACAGAGAGAAGAAGCAACAAGGCUACAAGGUGAACUAGAGAAGUUGAAAAAGGAAUGGAAUGUAUUGGAAACCGAAUGCCGUUCUCUAAAAAAGGAAAAUGUUUUGCUAUCAUCAGAACUGCAGCGGCAAGAAAAAGAAUUGCACAAUUCUCAGAAGCAGAGUUUAGAGCUUACCAGUGAUCUCAGCAUCCUGCAGAUGACUAGGAAAGAGCUUGAGAAUCAGGUGGGAUCCUUGAAAGAACAGCAUCUUCGGGAUUCAGCUGAUUUAAAAACUCUUCUCAGUAAGGCUGAAAACCAAGCAAAGGAUGUACAGAAAGAGUAUGAAAAGACACAGACUGUACUCUCAGAACUGAAGUUGAAGUUUGAAAUGACUGAGCAGGAAAAACAAUCAAUCACAGAUGAGCUCAAACAAUGUAAAGACAACCUGAAGCUGCUCCGAGAGAAAGGAAAUAAUCCUUCCAUAUUACAACCCGUCCCAGCCGUAUUCAUCGGCCUAUUCCUGGCUUUCCUGUUUUGGUGUUUCGGUCCAUUGUGGUAGAGAAAGAAACCCUGGCCCUGGAUGCCCAUGUUGGCUGCCCUGGUUGCGGUGACAGCCAUCGUGCUGUACGUGCCAGGUCUGGCCAGAGCUUCUCCAUGAGAGCGUUUCUUGAGUCCGUACACCGUCCUCCCUCUAGAAGCUGGCACCACACUCAUGCUGGGGACAAACAGAACCAUUUUCUUCCUUUUUACCUCUUAAAACAGAAGUGCAAGAAUACAGCUGUAGGGUCAUUGCUUUAAAUUAUAUAAAAUGUAUCUGUCUAUAAAGAGGAUAUAAAAUUGUGACUUUAUUCUACUGUAAGCAAUAAUUUGCUUGCAAUUUUUCAUGUAAUUUUUAAAUUAGUACGUUGAAAUUCUGAAUAUUAUGGUGGCCUAAAGUAGGCUUCUUGGUACACCAAAUUAUUUAUAACAUUAAAUUUAUGGGUAUUUUACUCUGAAUUCUAAUGGCCAGAUAAUUCAUUUUUUUGAUUCGAUAACUACCCAAACCAAACAACUGAUACAUACAUGGGAAGAGAGGCCCUGUGUGCUCAGUGCCUAUCAGUUUGAAUAUAUACACAUAUAUAUAUUUUUUACAUAUUUAUGCCAUUUUUACUUGUUAUAAAACCACUGAGCUAUUGGGAACAAGACUUACAGACAACUAUUUGCGUGGAUUUUUUUUUUUUUUUUUUUUUUUUUAAAGGAGAAAUACACUUGGAAAAUAUUCUGUUCUAGUGAUAAUUUGGGGAAUAUGUGCACGCUUGUUCAGCCUUAAUGUGACUUGACGAUGUGGAGGACAUCAACUUUGAAAAACUUUCCAUGAGAGUGUGUAUUUUCUUGAGCAAACUGAAGUAUUUCUGGGAGCAAAAACAUAGUAAUUAUACAAUUUCAGUGCAGUAAACCAAACUGUUGAGUCAAUUGGAAUGUAAUUUAUUAAACCUCAUGUAUUUAAAGAGAUAUUUUCUUUAAAAGCCAAGUUACUUUCUCAUAUACAGCAUUUUAGGAAGCAUGAUUUUUUUUUCCUAUCAUCUCUUCCUCCAAGCAUGUUUAAUUGAAGAAAGAAUUAAUAUCUCUUUAGAUAAGCUUUUACUGACUUAAUUUGGUUAAUGAUAUUUAAAAGCUAAUUCAUGUUCGAGGUGAGCUGUUGUUACCUACCAACAGAUUUCCUGGUUGGGUAUGCAAAUGGUUAUUUUCUUUUUAUUGUUGCUAAUUGGGACGUUUUGUUGAUGAGAAGCACUAUUCCCAAGGUUAAUAGUGUUCCAUGCACAGUGAAACACCUAAACGCUGCUUGAUGUUACAAAUUUAAAACACGGAAGUGAAGGUUUAGCCAUGGUUUUUGUGCGGCACCACAGUUAUGUCAAUAAAGUUUAUUUAGGUCAUAGAAUAUCCUGAAGUAUCACAUAGUUAAAUUUUUCAGUCAAUGAAAACUGGGAGGGAAUGUCAGUGAAUUGGCUUGAAUGUUCUGUGGCAAUCCACAGGCCUAAGCCAAAUAUUGAAAUAGAAGUUUAGGAUAUAAUUUACCUUGUGAUGUUUGGCAGUCAUUGUUUAUACUUUAAAGGUUAUAUUUUAAGCUAUUUGGGGUUUGCUGUUGGGAGGAUCACUAGAUUUAUGGAGGAAUUAGUCACAAAUGACUUGUAGAAAAUACUGUCAUAUAGUUCAUUUCAUCAUUUUCUGUUGCAGGAAGCCACUCCACCACAGAAUGCUAAUAUGCCAGUGGUACCCAGUACCUCCUGUAUAUAGGUUAUUGCAAAUAUUGUUCUGAAAUGCUUAACUUCAGAAUUACAUUUUUUAAAGUAAAUAAUUGUUUUAAAUCUAUUUUGUAAAGAUAUAAAGUACAAUAGAAUUUCUGGAGUACAGAUUAAACUAUUUGCACUAACACACGUGAUGUGCAUGAUUUAAUAAAAUAACUUUACUCUCCCUA